ACCCCCUGCCCACUUCCGGUUCCAAGAUUACAUAAAAAAAAACAGCUUCUUUAGAAUUUUAGAUUACAUUUAAAAGAAUUUUAGAUUACAUUUAAAAGCUGUUGUAAUUUUGUAGUAGCCCAUUUCCCAAUUGAUGCAUCCCAAUCAUAGAUAUAGGAACUAUUCAGACUGUACUUCAUGCUACCCUGCCCUUAGAAGGGUGUUUUGCAAACUUUUUUGAAACCGACCGACAAUACGUUUCAUGAGAAGCAAUUAGCUCCACCAGAAGGAAGAGACAUGGGCAAAUGGCUGCCAAGGGUGAGCACUUAGAAGAAAAGCCCGUGUGAUUCUGAGGCGAUUGGUUGUAGGGCUGACUCGGAUGUGGAUUAAUUUGAAAGAUUUUAAGGGAUAUUUGGUAAAGCAUGGUGGCGCAUGAUGAGAUUGGAGGUCUCCUACCUAUUAAAAGGACUAUUCGAGUCCUAGAUGUUAACAAUCAGUCCUUCAGAGAACAAGAGGAGCCAAGCAAUAAAAGAGUUCGACCUCUAGGUCGGGUCACAUCCUUAGCAAAUUUAAUCUCUCCAGUAAGAAAUGGAGCAGUCAGACGCUUUGGUCAAACAAUACAGUCAUUUACCCUCCGUGGUGACAACAGAUCUCCAGCUUCUGUCCAGAAAUCAUAUAGCAGAUCAACAGUCCCAACACCCACCAAAAGAAGAAAUAGUGUGCUAUGGUCAGAGAUGUUAGAUGUCAAUAUGAAGGAGUCUUUAACAACCAGAGAAAUCAAAUGUCAGGAGGCAAUAUAUGAAAUGUCCCGAGGUGAAAAAGAUUUAAUUGAGGAUCUCAAGCUUGCAAGAAAGGCCUACCAUGACCCCAUGUUAAAGUUGUCUAUUAUGUCAGAAGAGGAGCUCACACAUAUAUUUGGUGAUUUGGACGCUUACAUACCUUUACAUGAAGAUUUGUUGGCAAGAAUAGGAGAAGCAACCAAGCCUGAUGGAACAGUAGAGCAGAUUGGUCAUAUUCUUGUGAACUGGUUGCCAGGCUUGAAUGCCUACAGAGGCUAUUGUAGUAACCAGUUGGCAGCCAAAGCUCUUCUUGAUCAAAAGAAACAAGAUCCAAGAGUCCAAGACUUCCUCCAGCGAUGUCUUGAGUCUCCUUUCAGUCGAAAACUAGAUCUUUGGAGCUUCCUAGAUAUUCCUCGAAGUCGCCUGGUCAAGUACCCUUUACUGUUAAAAGAAAUUCUUAGACACACUCCAAAAGACCACCCUGAUGUUCAGCUUCUGGAGGAAGCUGUAUUGAUAAUACAAGGAGUUCUCUCUGAUAUAAACUUGAAGAAAGGUGAAUCAGAAUGCCAGUAUUACAUUGACAAACUGGAGUAUCUGGAUGAAAAGCAGAAGGAUCCUAGAAUUGAAGCAAGCAAAGUAUUACUUUGCCAUGGGGAAUUGAAGAAUAAGAGCAGACAUAAACUUUACAUUUUCCUGUUUCAAGACAUCUUGGUUUUGACUUGGCCUGUUACACGGAAUGAGCGUCACUCUUACCAAGUUUACCGGCAGCCAAUCCCAGUCCAAGAGCUGGUCUUAGAAGACCUGCAGGAUGGAGAUGUGAGAAUGGGAGGAUCCUUUCGAGGGGCUUUCAGCAACUCAGAUAAAGCUAAACAUAUCUUUAGAGUUCGCUUCCAAGACCCCUCUCCAGGCCAGUCUCACACUCUACAAGCCAAUGAUGUGUUCCAUAAGCAGCAGUGGUUCAAUUGCAUUCGAACCGCUAUUGCCCCUUUCCAGCAGGCCACCAGUCCCACAGAGCUUAAGGAUUUGCCAGAGCUCAAUGAAGAGUGCGAAGAGAACAACCCCUCUGCAUCAAACAUCAAAGCCCAGAGAAGGGCAUCAACAGUUUCUAGUGUUAUUCAGGUAGAAGUUGAUGACAGUGCUUCAGAAUAUAGUUCCAGUGUACACACAAAAGAAGACACCAAGACUAUAAAAGCACACCGAACACAGUCUGGGUUCCGAAAAGCAAGAGACAAAGCCCAGUUAAGUGGCAAACGGAAAGAGACUUUGGUAUAAAGAAAGCUCUGUAUAUUAACUGGUGGAGAGACUGUUAAUUUAUAAAUGUGUACAGUUUUUUUUUCCUUGUAAUAUGAGCAUGGGAGCAUUGUAGGGUUACUUUAUACCAAUCUUAACAUCAUUUUCUAUGGUUUUUUGGUUGU